AUGGAGGACACGCUGAAUAGGAUGAUCUACAAGGAUGGUUCCCGAAGCCUCCAGCGGCAGAAGGCGAAAGGCCUCCUGCCGCGGGGCUCACACUCAUGCUUCGGGGACUUCCCCCCAGACCUGAUGCCCGAGAGGCUCAGGUCUCUCGCGCGGAGCCAGAGCGACUCCCGGGUGCGACCCCACUCUGCUGGAGCCACCGUGCAGCAUUCCCAGACUCGCACGCUCCCCAAGACCACUGUGCGACCCCAAUCCGCUGGGGCGACCGUGAGCCGUCCGGAGGUCACCGCCUUGAAGCUGACGGGCGCCGCGGUGCCGGGAAAGUCGCGGCCCUGCUCAGCGGGCUCGCUGCGAGCGGACGUGGGCCCUCCAAAGGCUGGCGCCUUCAGGCGCAAGCCCAUCAAGCCUUCCAUGCUGCGGUUUUUCUACGAGCGAGGAGACCUACCUGUGCAGAUCUACCAUGGGUCAAUAGGCAAGCUGCUGUGGAAAGUGGAUGUCGAAAAACUCGACUACCACCACUACCUGCCGAUUUUCUUCGACGGGGUGCGAGAGAAAGAGGAUCCCUUCAGGUUUAUGGCUGUGACCGGCGCCUACGACAUGCUCGAGAGGGGCGGCGACAAGAUCUUGCCCGUGGUGCCUCAGCUGGUGAUCCCGCUGAAGUCAGCGCUGAACACCCGUGACCCGACUAUCAUGUGCACGACCCUGAAGCUGAUGCAAAAGCUGGUCCUCAGCGGCGAGCUCAUCGGCGAGGCCUUGGUGCCUUACUACCGGCAGAUCCUGCCUGUCCUGAGCAUGUUCAAGACCUGGAACAUCCCGGCCAAGGACAUGGGCGAUUUUAUGGACUAUGGCCAGCGGAAGAACAUGUGCCUGGGGGAUCUCAUUACCGAAACGCUUCAGAUCUUAGAAGAGUACGGAGGCGAAGACGCCUUCAUCAACAUCAAGUACAUGGUCCCGACGUAUGAAAGCGCCGUCCUUUGCGGCGCCCGAGCCCCAGUUUCAGCCCGCCAGAGCUCCGCUCGCCCGCUUUCCAUGCGCGGCGAAACCUGGCGCGUGGUGGGCGGCGAGACGAGCGGCGGGGUGCUGGCGCGCACGGGGCGCCUGCUCAACUCCGAGCCGUUGGAGCGCUUGUCCCAUGGCGCCCUGGUCUCAGAGCUGGACCUGGUGGGAGACCGCCUGCACUUCCGGAAGAUCUCAGGCGUUGGCCCCGAGAGCGGCUGGCUCAGCAUCAAGCUGAAAGACAAGGACCUGGCCCGGAGGACGGUCUGCGAUUUCAAGCAGACUCAGAUUUGGGCGCUGUCUGACAUCCACACCGACAAGAAGGAGAACAUGGAAUGGGUGGACAAGCUACCAGAGUUCCGUGAUGACGUGUUGAUCUUGGCCGGGGACGUGGCCAACACCAUGGAGGUGCUUCAACAGACCUUGCUCCUUUUGAAGAAGCGCUUCGCCCGAGUCUUCUUCUGCCCCGGCAACCACGACUUAUGGACGCAGGGUUGGCGCGGCGACUCCAUGGAGAAGCUCCGUGCCAUUUUGGACUUCUGCGGCUCUGCAGGCAUCGAAACUCGCCCGGGCGUCGUUGACACAGGCGGGCAGCAAGUGCUGGUGGUGCCGCUGCUGGCCUGGCACCAGCCCCAGUGGGACUCCGAGAAGGAGUUGGAGGAGUGGGAGGUGCCACCAGUAGAGAAGACCAUCGCGGACUACUGGGCCACCAAGUGGCCGCCGCCUUUGCGCAUCGACGACGGCUCAGUGGCGCGAGCCGUGGAUGAGUUGAACGAGGAAAACGGCUUUGCGGAGGUCCUUGCCAGGAGGAAGGACUUCCAAGUACUGUCCUUCUCCCAUUUCCUGCCGCGCAUUGAGCUAAACCCUGAGAAGCGGUACCUGAUCCCUUCCUGCCUGGCCAAGGCGGUGGGAUCUUUGUACCUCAAGGAGCGCGUGCAGCGGCUGAAGCCGGACCUUCACGUCUUCGGACACACCCACUUCGGCUUUGACUUGGACGUUGACGGCAUCCGCUACUUGCAGGCGCCCUUGGGCACCCCCCUGGAGCGCGCCUUCGGGGGCUCCAUCGUGUCCCUGGGCGACUUCCCGGAGGGCGCCGAAGUCUCCAUGCCCUGCUUGGUCUGGGGCAACGGCUGGGCGGAGCGACACCGCAGCGCCUGGUCGGAGUAUUACCGCAGGUACGGGCGAUGCCCAGAAGUCACCGCCACCGUGCCAUCGGUGUGCUCCAACAUUUACACUCCGAAGGCCGGAUCUGCCUCGGGCUGGAUCCGCGGGCGGAUGCCGAUUUGGCUCUUCGGGCCCAAGAGCUGUCGCCUAAGAGAGGCCCAGCAGGUCAUCGAUGAGGUGCGCAGCACGGGCUGGGCGCACCGCGAGAAGCCUCGGAAGCUGCAGCGCAGCUCCAGCGGACGGCCGAAGGAGAUCGACGCAGAAGACGCCGCCCGACUGCUGCAGCAAGACAGCCACGUUUUUGUGGACAUCCGCUCAGAAGGCGGAUGCGCUUCGGCCAUUUCCCUUCCGCACCCGGCGGAGACGGAGGCUUUGGCCGCCAGAGAGGAGGAGGACUUGCUGCAGCUCUGUGAACGUCUAAACGCGAAAGGCGCCAUGGUGGUCUGUGGCGAGGACGAGGAAGCCACCUGGGACGCCGCCAUGCUGCUGGGUGGAUAUUUCCGCAUCUGGCCCACAGAGAUGACGGUGCUCCAAGGCGCUGCGUUCCUCGCUUGGCAGCAGUCGGUCGCCGAGGUGACCGAUUUUGCCGAGGUCUUCUGGGGAAUGCGGGUCCGCGUCGACCGAAGCUUGGCUUUCAAGCGCGCAGCCCCGGUUCAAUGA